UAAUAUACCUCAAAUUAACCUGAGUAACAAGAACAGCAAUGGCGGAACAACAUAAAUCAUCCAAUUCCAAGCCACCUCAUGUUCUCCUUUUCCCCUUCCCAUCGCAAGGCCACAUUAACCCCCUCAUCCAAUUUGCUAAACGCCUACUCUCCAAAGGUGUCAAAACAACGCUCGUAACCACCAUCUACACCUCAAAAACAUCCCCCUCUUCAAACACCUCCAUACCAAUCGAACCCAUUUCCGAUGGAUUUGACGAGGGUGGAUACUUGAGCGCCGACAGCUCCGAAGCCUACGUCCAGAAGUUCCGGGAAGUGGGUUCGAAGUCACUAGCUGAUCUGAUCAAGAAGCUCGAGAGUGAGGGAAACCCCAUUGAUGCUAUCGUUUAUGAUUCCUUCUUGGUUUGGGCUUUGGAUGUGGCAACGCAGUUUGGUAUCAAUGGUGGUUGUUUCUUUACUCAAGCUUGUGCUGUACUGAACAUCUAUUAUCAUGUUCAUAAAGAGCUUCUUUCGAUCCCACCUGUUGCUACUGUUUCUCUUCCUGGAUUGCCUCUGCAACUUCAACCAUGGGAGACGCCAUCUUUUGUUCAAGAUCCUGGAUCAUACCCUGGUUGGGCUCAUGGUGUGUUCAACCAGUUCUCCAAUAUUCAUCUCGCUCGUUGGGUCUUCUCAACUACGUUCUACAAACUCGAGGAACAGGUGAUAGAUUGGAUGAGAAAGAUGUGGGCAUUGAAGGCAAUAGGGCCAACGAUUCCAUCAAUGUACCUUGACAAACAGCUGGAAGACGACUACGAUUAUGGGAUGAGUCUAUUUAAACCAAACCAUAUCGAAUGCAUGAAAUGGCUAAAUGACAAACCAAAGGGAUCAGUAGUUUACGUGUCAUUUGGGAGUGGAGGCAAACUUGAACCCGAACAAAUGGAAGAAAUUGCAUGGGGUUUGAAUGAAACUGACACAAAUUUCUUAUGGGUUGUAAGGGAAACCGAAAAGGAAAAGCUACCAAAAGGAUAUGUGGCAAGUAAGGGUUUGGUUGUAACAUGGUGUAGACAAGUGGAGGUGUUAGCACAUGAGUCAAUAGGAUGUUUUGUAACACAUUGUGGGUUUAAUUCAACUCUUGAAACAUUAAGUUUGGGAGUACCUGUGGUGGGCAUGCCUCAAUGGACAGAUCAACCAACAAAUGCAAAAUGCCUAGAGGAGAUAUGGGGUGUUGGAGUACAAGUUAAGGCAGAUGAAAAGGGGAUAGUGACACGAGAAAAUUUAGUGUCGUGUAUAAAGGAGAUUAUGGAGGGUGAGAGAGGAGUGGUAGCCAGAAGAAAUGCAACCAAAUGGAGGGAUUUGGCUAUACAAGCCGUAGGUGAAGGAGGGAGCUCGGACAAGGACAUCGAUGAAUUUGUGUCUCAACUAAAAACAUAAUGUUUAUUUGUGUUCUUGAUUUUUCCAUGCUAUAGCUAGUUUGAAGGGAUUAUUCAAUGAGUAAUAAAUCCAAUUUUUUUGCAUUUUAUACCCAAAA